AAUAAAAUAAUAUCAGUCCCAAUCAUUCACUUGCUCAUACAUCAAUGGAGGAAUAACACAACUUACAAAUCUUGUUUGUUUUUUCCCUUUUCCCUUAUUUUAUUUUAUUUUAUCUCUUCCACUUGACGUACAUCUCCUACAAGGCUUCUUUUCUUCCCCUCUCGAUCCAUAGAGACACCGAUAAACCGCAGAUGUCUCCGAAUCUCAACUCUUCCUCUUCCCUUAUCUCUGCUUCUGCUCAAAGGUGAGCCCUUUUCACUCUCUUCUAUUCGGUGUUGCGCCGUUUCUCUUAGAUAGGUGCUCUCGAUAGCCUCUGAUCCCUUGUGGGUUUUUGUAUAUUGGCGGGUUGUGUUCCUCUGGAUCGGAAAGAUUGUGUCUUUUCUCGCGGUGAAUGAUCGUAGGCUACUUUGUGAGGUUUUAGUUGAAUUGGAGAAUUGUUCAUCUCGAAUGGUGUUUCUUUUUGUUUUGAGCUGAGAUUCGAUCCAUUUUGUACUGAUAUUACCAAUUGUAUGUUUGUUUCGCUCAAUUAUGGAUGAAUGAUAUCUGUGGAACUCAACAAUGGUGAUAGGUAUGGAUUGUGCUGAUAUCUGGGGACAAACAUGGAGCAGUUCCUAGUCGGAUUGAAGCAUUUGUGUGCGGCAGUUGCGAAUUGUUGUGAUGCUGAUUUGUAUAAGCAACUCAGAGGGCUGCAAGAUCCAGAGGCUCUUGCAAGAGAAACAGUUUUCAGUGUUAGCGAAAUAGAAGCACUUUAUGAGCUCUUUAAGAAGAUCAGUAGCGCGGUGAUAGAUGAUGGUUUAAUAAACAAGGAAGAAUUUCAGUUGGCCUUAUUUAAAACGAAUAAGAAAGAGAGCUUAUUUGCUGACCGGGUAUUUGAUUUGUUUGACUCGAAGCAUAAUGGUGUGCUUGGUUUUGAAGAGUUUGCGCAUGCCUUGUCAGUCUUUCACCCCAAUGCACCUAUUGAUGAUAAGAUCGAAUUUUCAUUCCAAUUGUACGAUCUCAAACAGCAAGGCUUCAUUGAGAGGCAGGAGGUGAAGCAAAUGGUAGUGGCCACACUUGCUGAAUCCGGUAUGAAUUUGUCAGAUGAUGUGAUUGAAAGCAUCAUUGACAAGACGUUUGAGGAGGCCGAUACCAAGCAUGAUGGUAAGAUUGACAAGGAAGAAUGGAGAAGCCUUGUCUUGCGGCAUCCUUCACUUUUGAAGAACAUGACCCUUCAGUAUCUCAAGGACAUCACGACAACAUUUCCAAGUUUUGUGUUUCACUCACAAGUCGAUGAUACAUGAUCUUCAAGUUUCCUUUUGAAGGAGAAGAGAAAUGUAGGAACCGCGAGAUUUUUCGUUCUGGUUUCUUCUUUUGUGCAGAGUUUCGCCGAUAGGAAGAAGCAAAAUUUCAUUCGUACCGAGGGCUUGGAUGGGAAGCUUUUUGUGCUCUGAUGAAAAAUUGAGAUGCAGUUCUUUCUUUCUUUGUUUUUUGGUUCAUUGUGUAAUGCUGUGUAAGGACAAAGGUAUAGAAAGUUAGAAAGCUUUGCAGUUGCCUUGGAUUUUUUUUUUUUUUUUUGUUUGUUACUAUGUGAAAUAGAUUGGAACAACUCCACCAGAUUUUUGGAGUGAUAUAGCUUAAAUGUUUUCAUGCUCAUUCAAGCAGAAGGACAAGAUGGUGAAGUAUAUGAUUGACCGGAAGGAGGAUGAAAAUCCUACCGAAAAUGUAUUUGAUUCGAUUUAGUCUGAUUGUGACUUGGUCUAUUUAUCUGUGUAGUUUGCAGAGAUCAGAUAACCUAUAAAUCCAGUCAAAUCUU